ACAUUGUCACGUGACUCAAUGUUUAGCUCCUUCUACCAGGUGGCGUACAAGAGACAUCUCUACCUGCUGAAAACGUCUAUGAAACCUGAUAACUUUAUUUGAAUUUUACUAUGUAGGAACAGCGACAUGUUUUGUUCAAACGCCUGAUUUACUAGUUAACGUUACGUUUAGAAAUCACAACGUUAAAUCUACUGAAUACGCUUUAGUUAGCAAGCUAGCAUCAGCAUCAAUACUGUCGACUAUGGCGGCAGUUGACAGCUUUCAGUUUUUGUACAGAGAAAUUUCUCGGUCAUGCAGUUUUUACUUUGAAACCCUGGCCCUGGUCGGUGCUCUUUACACGGCCAGCAAGGCUGUCAUCCUGCUGAGAGACUGCUGCACGUUGGUCAGGGUGCAUUUCCUGCCAAGAAUGAUCCCGACUAAGAAGUUGACCCAAAGAUUUGGUGACUGGGCUGUCAUUUAUGGUGCAUCAGAGCCUGUGGCCAAAGCCUAUGCAGAGGAGCUGGCCAGGCAUGGUAUCAACAUUAUCUUUGUCACCCAGGACCACAGCUCUGUUAGAGACACCGCUGCAUCCCUCUCCCAAAGCUAUGGAGUGGAAACUGUUGUCGUCCUAGCUGACUUCUCUCUGGACCAGGAAGCCAGCAAGCCCAUCAAAGAAGCCAUGAGGGGUAAAGAUAUCGGCUUCCUGGUGAACUGUGUGGAAGAGUCUUCCCCUCGGAGCUUGAUUGAAAUGCCUGAGCAGGGCCUGUUGGAUUUGGUGAAUAAGAACGUUGCAGUCGCUACGCUGAUGGCCCGGUUGGUGCUGCCAGGGAUGGUGGAGCGAAACAGAGGAGCUGUGGUCAAUAUAUCAUCGGGUGCUUGCUGUAGACCCCUGCCUGGAAGAGUGACACUCACCGCCUCCACUGGCUACCUGGAUCAUUUCUCAAGAGCUCUUCACCUUGAGCACAGCAGCAAAGGGAUCUUUGUCCAAAGUCUGAUUCCUUUCCAGAUAGCCUCAAGUGGACAACAACAGUCAUCAUCGACAACAUCAUCAAGAGACGGCUGGUUUGUCCCAAAGCCAGACGUUUAUGCUCGCCACGCCAUCUCCACCCUGGGUGUUUCCAAUAGGACCACUGGCUACUGGCCCCAUACACUGCAGUAUGGACUGAUGAGAUGUAUUCCAGAGUGGAUUUGGGUUCUUGGAUCACGUGUGUUAAUCAGUUCAAGCUAAGAGCUCAAGACUUAACCCAGUUACUGGAUCUUCCUGUUACUGGAGUCAAUGUAGAGUUUUAGUUUCUUCUGCCAUUUGUUUAAAUUUCAGGCUCUGUUGAGGUUGGUAGUUAAGAGAUUUUCUUCUAUUGAUUUGGUAUCAAUUUCUAGGGAAGUUGCAGUGUAAUGCACCUGAAAUAAUAUAUGAAUAUACACAUAUUACUCCUGUGUUACUGGACUAUGGUCUGACAAAUCUGUGACAUCCUAAAUUAACUAUAGAAACUAGAAAACCUGAUGAUACAUGUCUUAAUGGUGAACAGACAUGAGGUUGGAAAACUGGGUUUGACUUUGAGUUCGGAUUGUAAACUUGAUUAUUAUUGGAGCAUAAUAAUCUGACAUUUGGUUUGGUGCCUGGACAUUUAUAACAUGAGCAUCCAUACUGUUUCGACCCUUUUAACUAUUGGAUAAGAAAUAAUUUCAAAUCACUGGGCAGCCAACAUGGAUCAUAAAGGCGUGCGUCAUCAAAUAUAAAACUGAAUAUAAAAGUAUUUUUCUAUGUUUUCAAGAAAGUUACGGAAUACAGCACAAAAGUGCAGGUGCAAUCAAAAGCCUCACCUCAAAUGUUACAUAAGAAGAAAGCAAAAAUAAAGCAAUCUGCCACCAUAAAAUAAAUAAAAUCAUAAUAGACAAGAAAAAAUAAGGAAUUCAAUAAAUAAACACAUCAGUAUGAAUUUAGGUUAAAAAAAAUUCUCUACCCCUGAACCUGUAUCCUGUGUAAUUUAAUUCUAUCCAAAAGGGUUUUGGUUUUGUAUGCUCUGAUGUUCUGUGUUUUUUAGAAAAAGCCUUGUUGUGCUGACAUUUGACUUUCCAGUUCUUUCUGGUUAUACCUGCCUUUUACCAGCACUGACCACACCUAUAUGGCACACAUACAAAGAACAAAUGGUAUUUUCCCCAAAAACCAAACCCAGCAUCAUUCAUAGUUAAAAAGAGUGUUGACAGCAAACAAGUGUGUGGUGGUGAAUGAAUAACGAUAGUUUUAGGUGGAGGUGGUGUCAUUGCUCAGAGUACAAGAUUCAAGCAUCUCCAGGAGUGAAUUUGAAAUGCACUGAAGAGUGAGAUUGUGUGAGAAACUAUUUGAGAAUAUAUAGAAAAUAUUUGAGCUACAUUUAGUAUAUGUAAAUAUUGCUCUAAAAUAAGUAUUUAUAUUAAAAAUGUGAACAUAUUCAGAUAUAUUGUGUUGAGUGCUUGCUUACACGUACAAAUGUUGACCUAAAAAUCAUAUGUGUCAUCAUAGCACAAAAUUAGACCAAUAAAACUUUUUCCCAUA